CUGGGGCCGAGCUGGAGCGCAGGUCAGACCCCCUCCGCGCCUCAGAGCUCCGUGCGGUGCCUGAGCGUUCGGCGCGUGCUCGUGGGCUUCGCACGGACCCGAGUGAGCAGGCAGCCGGCUUCAGGGCUCACUCCUGGCACACGGUGGGCGCCCUUCCCUCGCUCGUCGACGUGAGGAAUAUGCUUGCCAACUCAGCCAGCGUGCGGAUUCUUAUCAAGGGAGGCAAGGUGGUGAACGAUGACUGUACCCACGAGGCUGAUGUCUACAUCGAGAAUGGCAUCAUCCAGCAGGUGGGCCGAGAGCUCAUGAUCCCUGGAGGGGCCAAGGUGAUCGAUGCCACUGGGAAGCUGGUGAUCCCUGGAGGCAUUGACACCAGCACCCACUUCCACCAGACCUUCAUGAAUGCCACGUGCGUGGACGACUUCUACAAUGGGACCAAGGCAGCGCUCGUUGGAGGAACCACCAUGAUCAUUGGCCAUGUCCUGCCUGACAAGGAGACCUCCCUCGUGGACGCCUACGAGAAGUGCCGGAGUCUGGCCGACCCCAAGGUCUGCUGCGACUACGCCCUUCAUGUGGGGAUCACCUGGUGGGCGCCCAAGGUGAAAGCAGAAAUGGAGACACUGGUAAGGGAGAAGGGUGUCAACUCGUUUCAAAUGUUUAUGACCUACAAGGACUUGUACAUGCUUCGAGACAGUGAGCUGUACCAAGUGUUCUACGCUUGCAAGGACAUUGGGGCAAUCGCUCGCGUUCAUGCUGAAAAUGGGGAGCUCGUGGCUGAGGGUGCUAAGGAGGCACUAGAUUUGGGUAUCACCGGCCCAGAAGGAAUCGAGAUCAGCCGUCCAGAGGAGCUGGAAGUGGAAGCCACUCACCGUGUCAUCACCAUUGCAAAUAGGACUCACUGUCCCAUUUACCUGGUCAAUGUGUCCAGCAUCUCCGCUGGUGAUGUUAUCGCAGCUGCUAAGAUGCAAGGGAAGGUGGUACUGGCUGAGACCACCACUGCACAUGCCACGCUGACAGGCUUACACUACUACCACCAGGACUGGUCCCACGCAGCCGCCUACGUCACGGUGCCUCCCCUGAGACUGGACACCAACACCUCCACCUACCUCAUGAGCCUGCUGGCCAAUGACACUCUGAACAUCGUGGCGUCAGAUCAUCGGCCAUUCACCACAAAGCAGAAAGCUAUGGGGAAGGAGGACUUUACCAAAAUCCCGCAUGGUGUGAGUGGCGUGCAGGACCGCAUGAGCGUCAUCUGGGAACGAGGAGUGGUUGGAGGGAAGAUGGAUGAGAACCGUUUCGUGGCUGUCACCAGUUCCAACGCUGCUAAGAUCCUCAACCUGUAUCCCCGCAAGGGCCGCAUCAUCCCUGGUGCCGACGCCGACGUGGUGGUGUGGGACCCAGAAGCCACAAAGACCAUCUCCGCCAGCACCCAGGUGCAGGGGGGAGACUUCAACCUGUACGAGAGCAUGCGCUGCCACGGUGUGCCGCUGGUCACCAUCAGCCGGGGCCGCGUGGUCUACGAGAACGGCGUCUUCAUGUGCGCUGAGGGCACCGGCAAGUUCUGCCCACUGAGGUCCUUCCCGGAUACUGUCUACAAGAAGCUGGUCCAGAGAGAGAAGACUUUAAAGGUGAGGGGCGUGGACCGCACUCCCUACCUGGGGGACGUCGCAGUUGUCAUGCAUCCUGGGAAGAAAGAGAUGGGCACUCCGCUGGCAGACACCCCCACACGGCCAGUCACCCGACACGGGGGCAUGCGGGACCUUCACGAGUCCAGCUUCAGCCUCUCUGGUUCCCAGAUCGACGACCACGUCCCAAAGCGAGCCUCGGCUCGGAUCCUCGCGCCCCCUGGAGGCCGGUCGAGCGGCAUUUGGUAAAGGCACCGACCAGCCCCGCAAGCGCAAGCGAGGCUACUCCGCGGGGGCCUGCCGCCCGCAGCUGCAGGGGGCGGGAGAGGCUGGGCUGGGCAACGCACCGCCUACGGGGGCCCCAGGACCCGGGGAGCCCCUCGCCAGAACGUGAUUCACUGGACUUGGAGCCACCCCUGACAGGCACUUUGAGCUGUCCUCCUGCUGUGCUCCUCUCCUGCCCUGGCCUGGGUGGGCGUCUCUGGGCCCUGGGAGCCCACACUAUGCACAGAGCCCACUGCAUAGCACCUGCCCAGCUCCCCCGUCACCACUGCCUCUUGUGCUGGCUCUAGGAAGGCCCAGACUUUAGUGCCCUGGCCCUGGCCACCCAGCCUGGUGUCCAGAGCACUUUAGCAGAUGCGUUUUAUAAGUACAGACCUCCCUCUCCUAGCCCCUGAGACCCUGCGUUGACAUUUCCCAAGUCACGCCUGUCAGCUCCCCAGCCAUGCCCAGGACAUCCUGGGUGUGGGUGUGGUUGGGACACCCUGUGCCCUUUGCCAGCCUCUCUGCACUCCAUACCCACACCCUCUGGGAGGCCCAGGCCCAGAAGGGUAGCUGGGUGGGGUCCGAGGCUGGUGCCAGGCGAGUGUAAAUGGUUUUGUUUUGCACGUUUGGUUUGCGCAGUGGUUUGGUUUGACUUGUUUGUGCAUCCUGUGGAAAAUAACAGUGCUUUGUGUCACUAGCAUAGCAUAGAAACAGGAAUAGAUGUGGUCCGUAGGAGAUGCUGCACUCGCCACCAACCAGAGCACAGGGUGGGGUGGGGCGGCUUGCAGCCCCCCCCCACCCCUCCUGGGCUUCUCCAGUUGCUGUAGGCCCUGGGCCAGGCCCCUUCUCCUCCCCUCCUGGUCAGGUUUUCUUCAUUCCGAGAGGGGGCCUUGAUGCUGGCCCUGGAGACUAGCAGGCAGCCAGGUGACCCUUCCCAUCUUUGCCCUUGGUCACUCCCAGCACUAACCACACACACACACACACACACACAUACACGCACGCACGCACGCACACACGCCCUCACACACAGAGCCUCCUGUACCUUCCCCUUGCUGGACAGAGGCCUGGCUACUCCUCCUGUGUGAUUGGCAAGAGGCCAUGUGCCUGCUGAGAGGGAGGAGUGGUUGGUCAGAGGGGCCAGGGAGGGAGGCUUCAGCCCACUGGGUGUAGAGCCCGCAUCCCCUGCACAGGUGCCGCGGGGUCCUGUGGUCAGCACCGUGUCCUCACUGGCAGCGGCUUCAUCACCCUGCAUGUCUGGUGGGCCCUCCCUUCCUCAGAAGCUCCUCAGAGGUUCCAGGAAGAACCAGGGUGAUCUUUAUCCACCCCAAGCGAUCUGAGAAGUAGCUCCACGCCCUGCCCUUGGUACACCUUGUUUCCCCCUCAGGGAAGUGGUUUCAUGUCAUACCCUUGGUUUGAGCACCCCACGCUUGCAGGAGGCCCCUGGACCCUUGGCUAAUAGUCAUACUCUGCACAUCACUAUAGUGCUCUUCAUGUAUCAAAGUGCUUCCAUAUGCAAGCUCUCAUUUGAUCCUCAUGACAAUGGAACGUAUUCAGUGGCACUUCGGUUCACAAGCAUUUUUGUUGCAAACAGUUUGGUUCACAAGCAGAAGCAUUUGGCAAAAUUUGUUUUUGUUUACAAACUUUGCAUCGGGUGACAAACAGAACUGAAGCCGUUUUUCCCACACAAACACAAACGUGGCCAUAUUUUCCAAAACCAUGGAACAAAUUAAGUUCAUGAACCAAGGUACCACUGUAUUAUUCUCCCCAUGUUCUAUAUGUGGGAACUCAGUCACAGAAGGUUUCGGCCAUCUGGCCCCAGAGGUAACGAUGACCACCUAUGGCCUUGGCUGUCUAGCCCAGCUGUGGAGAGGAGGUGGAGGUGAUGGCAGUUGUUGAUCCCACCAAGAGUAUAACCAACGAAAAGACUUACUCCCCAGUAGGUACUCUGCUUUGUUUUGCACAAGUAGAUAGAUUUUUUUUUCUUCAACUUUGUUGUAAACAAGCUAAUGCAUAUCUUGGUUUGAGCCAGGACUAGAAAAGUGUUGGAGGCUUCCCCUGUGUUAUGAGCUGCAUCCACAUCUUCCCUUCACUCCCAGUGUCCUCCCUUGGGGGCUGAGAGGACAGAGAUGGUAACCCAGGGAGCAGAGGCAUCCAUGGUACAUAGGGACCUGGGAUCGAGGAAGCCACCCCGGGUAAGGGAAACCGCGACCCUGACCAGCCCUUGCUGGGUCGUGGCCUUGGGCAGAUGCCAAAGAGCCCAGUGGUGGUGGGGCUGGCUGGGCAGAGCACCCUACUUGGGCGAGCAAAGCUUUACCUUCUCUGAGUGCCUCCACCCAAGGAUGCGUGACCUGUGACCCGGGGCGCUGGGAGGCCACAUCUGGGAGGAGUCCGCCAUGGGCCUUCCAUUUCAUCCACCCUCACCCUUCCAUAGACCCUGCCCUUGCUCAGGAGCUUCUAGAUGGAAAUCAGAAGGAGGUUCAAGGAGCUAAAUGAACAGUCACGCCCCCCACCCCUGCCCCAAACAGAGCUCCAGCCAGCUCUGUCUCCAGCCCCAGUGGCCCUUGGCUGGAACAGAAAGGGUCUCUGGUUGCACCGAAUGCAGCUCUCAAACUGGUCUUGUACUUGCUGAAUAAAUACUGUUGUUCUUGCCUUAGCUGCUCUCUAGGUUUGUGGGGUUAAGUUACCAGAAAAUUGUGCUACUGUGUGUGCGUGUGUGUGUGUGUGUGUGUGUGUGUAGUGCUAGGAGUCCACAGUAGGCCUCUGUCAAGCCAGUGCCACAAAUGAGGGCUUUUCCCACACUGACCCGGAAAACAUGGAACCACGGGAAACCACACCCCUCCAGCUGCUGAGGGAGCAGGCACAGCCUGGGGUCAGGAUGGAGCCCCCAGCACCCAAGUGACUUCCUCACUCCUCUGUAAAUGUCAUGGUGCUAAGAUUGUGUCAACCCCAAGAAGACACACAGUCCUGUGCUUUGGCCACCGUUCGAGGCAAAAACAAAACAGCCCGACACAUUGUGUUCUGGUGCAGGUUUGUAUUAAACUGUAGCUACUUCUUG